GCGAGCAGUCCGAUCAGACCACAACAGUCCCAGCCAGACCACACAGAGGUGACAGAACCAGCAUGGGCAUCAAUGCAGAUAAGGAUAUCGAUAUUUUGCGGCCACUCAGCGAUAACGAGGUCGACGAGCUGCUCGGUCUCUACGAGCGGAAAUACGGGCCCCAGAAUUUCCACUAUCUUCUGCUCUACAAUCAGCGCAAAUGGGACUGCCAACUGGCGGCGGCGGGUAUAGCCAGGAACGAUCCCGCUUACAUUUCGCUGAGGAAACAGUUCUACACGCAUCGCCAGGGGGACUUUCGACGGUUUGGAACCUACGUGAGCCUCCAUCGGGACAUAGUGCAGAGCGUGUCCUUCUUCAGCUGGCAGCCGGAGGGUGCUCGGGAGCUGUUCGAGUGCCUGGAGCGGACGAAACGGAUUGAGUGGACGCGGGGCGCUCUCCUCACCAACGUAGACCUUGCCUUCUGCGAACGUGUCAAGGCUCUGGCCGCACAGAGAGGCGUCACCACGAUCAAUGCCCGUCAAUGCUUCGGAAUGGUGCUGUCCCACCCCAGGGCUUAUACCGCCGAGGUGCCCGAGCUUUUGUCUGAGUUCGAGCUGCGUCCGCUGAGGGAUGAAGACGCCCCCAUGGUACACGCCAUAUGGCCCAAUAAGGGGGAGGGCUCCCUGGCCUACCUGAGGGCCCUCAUCAAAUUCAACAAGACGAUUGGCGCUUGUCGCAGCGACACGGGCGAGCUGAUAGCCUGGAUCUUUCAGAACGAUUUCUCUGGAUUGGGAAUGCUGCAGGUUCUGCCGAAGGCUGAGCGACGAGGCCUGGGUGGACUCCUGGCCGCUGCCAUAACCAGAAGGAUAGCCAGAGUCGAGCAGGUAACGCUGACCGCCUGGAUUGUGGCUACAAAUUGGCGCUCCGAGGCUUUACUAAAGCGUAUUGGCUACCACCAGGACGUCAUCAACGAGUGGAUCAAGCUGGAGCCAGUUCCUUAGGAGGAGAGGCCGAGGCUUGCUGUUGGGUUGUUCGGGGCUUUCGGUGUUUGUUUGGCUUAGUGACUAGUUCCUAUGUAGACAUCAUGCUAAUCGUAAGCCAAGGGUCGCUUGGUGCGGUGCACCGCGGUUCGGUUCUGCUUGGGAUCGGAGCUUUUCAAUGAGGACACAAGGUGAUUUGCAAUUUCUAUGCCUAUGUAUGUACAUGGUCAACAUUUUAUUGUGGCAUUUAACAUGCGCACACGCUCUCUGAAUACACUUUAAGGCUGCAUCAAA